AUGAUGCUGAGCACUUCACGCCGUAGGACUCGCAGUCAGAGCCGUGAGCUGGAAUCCCACGGCCAUGUUGCGAACGAACCUGUCUCCUCGGCCUCUCAGCAGGCGCAGGUCCGGGGCAAAUCCACCGCCAGUCGACUGAGUAUGGUAACAGAAGAGACCCCAGGCAGCUCUCGCAAAACGCCCAGCUCGAACACCCGCUAUUCUGUGGUGCCUGAGUCGCCGGGUAUGCAUGAGGGUCACACCAAUAUUUCUGGCUCCACAAUCCUGCCUCUAGAUUCUCAGGACAAUGAACCCGAGCCCAUCUUGAUGGUGGACGAGCUUCCAGAUCUCCAACGCGCCGCAACCAAUGUCAUGGAUCUUCUGGUUCCCCGCGCCGCGAAACCAAUAAGCAUUGUCAACGCGGCGGCAGAGUCUCUCAAAGACGACGCGGCCACCACCCAGGGUAAACGGGUCAGCCGCGCAGUCGGUAAACUGGAGAGCCAAGACAAGGUCUUUCCUCGCCAGACGUAUAUCGAUACCGAUCGGAUCAGCCGCCUGCUACCGUCUGUCUCCAUUCCAGGGGCUGCACAGCCUUGGACUCCGUUGCCGAUGCUGUACAAGGCCAACUGUGCAUGGCUGGCGCGCGAUGUGCUCUACGCGACUGUUGGGAAACAGUCGCAGAUGCAGGUUGUGCGGAACUUAGAGGGUCAAUUCCCUGCUCCAUUCCUGAAUAAGGUCGUGGCGGGCUCCCAGUCGAGGCCACUCGGAGCGAGUGCGACCGACAAAGACACCUUUGAUCUCGCUCUUCAGAUUCGGACGCUGCUGUUUGUCAUGGAACUGGAGAAACGCCAGUAUGAGAAGAAUUUUCAACCCCUCUCCCUUCUUAAGGGGGUCUUCUAUGACGAGCUUGCUCUCGAGGGCGAAGACUCGCAAUUGGAUCCUUCGUCAUUCCGUGGAUUCAAUCUUCCUGGUAUUUACCAAGACCAGAAUGGAUGUCUCCCAGAGCGGUUCCAGGAAGCAGUCGAAGAGAGAUUCAGCGAGCUGGAGGAUGGUCUCUUUGACGAUGAGGGCCUCCCGAACAUCCGGGAAUUGAAAGCGGCCUAUCCUUGGAAACGGUUUGUUCUGCAAGUCAUCCGCUGGAUCAUCAAACGGGAUGGUGAAAUCCGAGAGGACCUGCAAGCACUCCCAGCUGUCGACGAUGUGCGUGAAACUCUUGAAAGGGGCUUUCAAGAUCAGAUCCGUCCGCGCGCUUUUACAACGCCUAGCCGGCUUUCAGAGUCGGUUGCCCCUGAGCGCGGCCCUCGCAAUUCCGUUGGCCAACAAAGCCAAGCUACUUCAAAUGGCCAACGGGUGAUCACAGAGUCCCCGAUCGUGUCUAGGGACUUUGGACGAGCUGCCUCUCCAGUGUUUCGGGAAUUCGUUAGACAAGAGAGUCCCAAAAGACCGACUGUUGAACCGGUGGACCGAAGGCGACGGAAGUCCUCGAAAACCUCUCGUCUUGAAAAACUCUUUCUCAAUCGAGAUACUUACGAUGACAUGGAACGGCGCGCACAGGCUCAUCAACGGAAAGAACUGAGCACUCUCAAGUCCCAACCCGCAGCCCCGUCCUCAACAGCCAACUCUAGAUUGACGGACUCGUUCCACUAUUCCGAGGAGACACUGUCUUACCGCCGAGCGGAGAUCCCUCAAUCUCCAGAGCCACCAGCCAAUCAACAGUACCGGGACGGCGAUGUUGACGAAGUAGACCUCACUGGUCGCCAGCAGCACGAGAUUAUGGAGUCGAACAGCCCUCCAGGCUCCGCCCGAAUCAACCAAGUUAGCCACCCAUCUGUUUCUGGUCGGUUCUUCGAUUCGCCACAGGCAGCUCCCCCUCAGCGGGUGGCUGGACCGUCAAAUGACGAAGUGCUUCGACUCAUGAACGAACCAACCCCCGCUCCAGGACCCUCCUCGCGUGCGGCCUUCAUCGAUCGUCAAUCCAACGCUGAGAGGGUGUCUCCGAUUAGCCAUGAUACCGACGUUUGGAGCUCUGAGCGACGACACGGUCAGGUCGAGUCGCCAGCAACGCGAAAGAGGCCUCGACAAGAAUCCUCCUCCUCCGACGAGGAUUCUAACGACGACCUUGGUCAGGACGAUCGCCAGAUCAACACCGCCGAACGGCGCGCACAGAAGCCGCCACAGCGAUCUCACCUGGCUGAGAAGCGCCCGCGGUUCAGCACUGAGUCCGACGCAGCAAACAUCCAGUUGCAGCAGUCUUUGGAUGUUUCCAGCCAUGCCUCUCAACCUACGGCACCUCAGCCUGUCGGCUCUCACUCUGCUGCCUCUAGACCCGCGGGACCGAGCCGAAUAGCCGCUUUACAAAUGGCGCAGUCCGAAGCCUCAAACCCACCCGCGGCUCCAACGGGCCCGUGGGCAACCAGCGUGUUCAUCCCUCGCUCGGAUCAAGACGGUCGAUUGGGGCCAAAAAGGACUUACUCCCAAGAGGAAGAUGAGCGCCUCAUUUUUCUCAUCGGGAAGUACGGCAAACACUGGUCCGUGAUCGAAAAAGAGGACAGCUUCUGUCCUGUCGACGAAGGCGGGCCCAAGUUAAAGGGCCGCAACCAGGUUAGUCUGAAAGAUCGGGCGCGUAAUUUGAGAGCCAUGUUUGAUAGGGAAGGGCGACCACUCCCCAAGAACUUCGAUCAAAUCGCCCCUGCCAAACGCAGAUAG